UGCCACAGUAUAAUUCUCUUAAAGCCGACUUCCUCUCAACAAAUCCAGUGGCAAAGAGAGAGAAGGGAGCCUUACCAUGGGGAGGGCACCUUGCUGUGACAAGUCCAAAGUGAAGAAGGGCCCUUGGUCUCCAGAGGAAGACAACCAGCUCAGAGAGCACAUAGAGAAGCAUGGCACAGGAGGAAAUUGGAUUGCUCUCCCUCAAAAAGCUGGGUUGAGGAGGUGCGGAAAGAGUUGCAGGCUGAGAUGGCUCAACUAUUUGAGGCCUAACAUAAAGCAUGGGGACUUCUCUGAUGAUGAGGACAGGAUCAUUUGCAGCCUCUUUGCUAACAUUGGAAGCAGAUGGUCCAUCAUUGCUUCUCAGCUCCCUGGAAGGACGGACAACGACAUCAAGAACUACUGGAACACUAAGCUGAAGAAGAAGCUACUCGGCCUGCCACCAUCACACAGAAACAACAAGCAGCUUCAUUACCAGAUCAAGCAGCAACAGACGGAUGUUUUGCCUGCCGCUUCAUAUAUCUCAUCUGCAGUACUUACAGAGCUGGAUCAGGGGGGGAUGCCAGUGCUGCCUUCUCAUUGCUUCUUCAGUUCUGCCAUGGAUUUCAAUCCUGCUUACGUUCCUCAAGGCCCCCAAAACGACUCCAUCGGGAGCAGCCUCAUCAGCUUCGAUCAGCAGAGCUGCUGCAGCUCAUCUGACGGCAACAGCUAUGGCUUGAGUGAUUGCUUCAGCCAAGUACUCUUGGGGACUACUGCUGCUGAGAAGCUGAUGCACGGCGGUUUCAACUUUGACUUUGAGGAGGUGAAGCCUCACGAUGCAUAUAAUUUGGACUCAUGCUUCAGGAACCUAUACAACUAG